AUGGGAUGGCUGAGAAGGUUCCAGUGGAUCGUUCCUGCCCACGGCAAGGUGGAACUGAAGAUCCGCUUCAGCCCCACAGUGCCAGGGCAGUUUGACCAGCUGAUGAACUUUGAGAUCCUGGGCUCAAAGCGCCUGUACCAGUUGCCCUGCAGUGCCACUGCCCUGUACCCCAGCAUCAGCCAGAACCCACGGCUGGUGUUUCCUCGCUGGAGGAAGAGCAAGGAGAAGGAGGACAUCAUCUCCAAGGAAUAUGUCAUGAGCACGAAGCAGUUCCACUUUGGACCGCUGCUUUGUGGCAAGUCAGGAGAGUGGUAUGUGCUCCCUGCUCCCAAGUGAGCAUCCCUGUGUGCUGCCUGUACAGACUGAGAUGUCGGGAGGGGAUCUCCAGGGCCUUGUGCUCUCCUGGACACACUUGCAGACACACUGUCCCAGUGGCACAAUGCAGGGCAGUCCCGGGCAGAGACCUGGCAGACACAUGGGCUUGAGGGAGCACAGAUGUGUGAGUGUGAGCAGAUAACAGGCAAAUGAGCCUUGGAGGAGCUGCUU